GAGAGUGCCAAUGUUGAGGCUGCUCGACUUCUUCAAGAAGCUGCAAGGAUUUUGAGGCGAGAGUCAGAAAGCACAGCCACUGCUGGCUCAGGUCAGGAUCACAGACUGGUACUGGGACGUGUUCACCCAGUUCUUUUAGCGUUUUGUUUAACAACAUGCAAACCUCACUAGCUGAAGUACAACAAGGAACCCCUACAGUCGAUUCAGGCAGGAAUCCCUGCACUGUAGCUAGAAAUGACCACAUUCAAAGAAAUCUUGUGCAGCUGUUUCAGCCGUAUGAUCGGGCAAGGGGGCAAAAGAUGUUCCAGAACACUGGAAAGUGUAAAGGGAAAACUACACAUGGUACAACUCAUAGUGAAACCUGGACACAUGAUUUAUUUUGCUUAGCAGAGACCAAUGUUCAAACUGUGCCCAAUGGAGAAGACCGCAUUGGUUUACAGAAUUCAGGCUUUGGUAGGAAAAAAAUAACAUUUGCAGACAAAAAUGGAGGAUUUUCUGAACUAUGUGAAACUCUGUUUUCACAUUUUCCACAAUUGAAAGGUGCAGGAGGCUUUCAGAUGUUGAGAUCCGUCAAUAAAACCAAACAAUUGGCACCAAUUCCAAUGCCAGCCAGUGGGUACAGUGUGAAAUUUCUGAGAACUGAGAGUGGCCUGAUCCAGGCAAUGGCCUAUAUUCGACCACUUCAGAAUAACCUGGAGAGUAUUGCGAUGCGUGAGGCUGAACAGUGUCAAGAGGUGGUCAGGGAGAAGUGCAAAAGGUGUGAAAAAGAUAUCCCUCUGCAAUGCCUUUCAGAACACAUUGAAAACUGUGGAAGACAGCCUUAUGACACUGAUUUGGAAGAUGAUGUCGUUAUGGAGAUAUCUGAAGAGACUCAACUAUCUAUGUCAUCACAUGACAAUACAUCCCAUGUUCAAAAUUAUUACAACAAGCACCAUGCUUCUUGUAGUGGACUGUACAGAGACUGCGUGGACCUUGUCAGUGAAGACAAUGUAUUUAGUGAUUCUGAAGAAGAGCAGCUGAAUAGAGCUGUAGAGGAAUCUCUAAAGGAAAGCUCACAUGCAGCUGUUAAUGUGGAAGAUAUCCUACAAUCUCUGAGAGUUGGAAUCAAUGAAGAAGAAGUCAUUCGCUUCAUCUUAAACAGAAGAAAUGUGUGGGAUGGUGCUGCAAGAGCCAUGAAGAGGCCAAACUUUUCAACCAACAAAAUAGUAGAUGUGAAAUUCACAGAUGAUGCUGGUGUUUCGGAAGGAGCAGUGGAUUUGGGAGGGCCAAUGAGGGAGUUUUUCCGAUUAGUGCUGCAACAUAUAAGAAACAGCCCUAUGUUUGAUGGCCCAGAAAAUCAACAUGCCAUGCAGAGUAUUUCAAAGUCAGACAAUAAAAAGGACCUGGACGAGGCAGUUAUGAGCACUGUAAACCUCCUGAGCCUGGCUGUUUGUCUGAAAAACAUCCCACUUCAAAAUAAAAAUGAUGUAGUGCAAGACAUGAUCGACUGGUAUGUUCUUCAGCAAACAAGAACACUGUUUGAAAGAUUCCAGCAUUUGAACGGGUCUGGCAGUCUGGACUUGUCAGAAAUCUUCAUCUGCUACCUCCUGGCAUCGUUAGAAUCCAUGAUUCCCAAACCAACAGUAGCAAACAACUCUGUUGCCUGAGCAGCAUCUCAACAGUUGUCACAUAAAAGGUAUACCUGAUGAAUGCCUUAAGAACUUUUUUUGACUGCAUGUUCAUGUUUUAUUUAAUGUGUGAGUAGUGUAAAUUCAAAUAUACAAUAUAUGAAAAGCUAUUGAAGCAUGGCUAUUAAGGUUCUCUUCUUCACAAGAAUCUUAUUAGCCAUGCAACUGUAUUCUAGUAAUAUUCCUUAUCUUGUAUUAAACCAAUAUGUCAUGCUUUUAAAAGAACCAAAGUCAAGACUCCAUGGUACAUUCAAAUAUAUAUAUAGUCAACCUCGAUUAA